AUGUCUCUGCCGGGCAUGCUAGAUAAUCUGCGUAUCCUCGACGCAUUGCUUGUGUUCUCUUUACUCCUUUUGGUUCUCGUAUGGCAAAGGAUCCUCGUGUCUGCAAGAGCUCGCCGGGGGGGCCCACUUCCUCCUGGACCCACCGGUCUUCCCGUCUUCGACAAUCUCUUCGACAUACCAAAGGGCAACGAGUGGAUCACCUACCGCGACUGGAGCACAAAGUACAGCUCUGAUCUCAUUCACUUCACGUCUUUCGGAGUACACACUAUAGUGGUCAACUCAGCACGCGCAGCAUCAGAGCUGUUCGAGAAGCGAUCUGCCUUGUACUCGGACCGUCCAGAGGUAACGGCAGUGAAAUACAUAGGCAUGGGCUGGCUUUUAGGUUUCACGCGCUACGGGACGACUUGGCGUCAACUUCGCAAAUCAUUCCGCGAGCAAUUCAAAACCGAGAUCCUGGCAAGAUAUGAAUCACUCGAGGCCGAUGCGAUACACGAGUUUCUGCGAUCGCUGGUCAGAAGGCCAGACCAGUUCAAGGCAAGUGUCAGACACAUGACAGCCAAGAUCAUCAUGCGCAUCGCGUUCGGGAUUCAUGUCCAAGGACCCGAAGAUCCAUACGUUCAACUUGCCGAGGAUACCCUGCACGCUAUGAACGUCGCGACCUCGUUUGAAGGCCUGAUAUUUGACUACUUUCCAUUCUUACGACGAAUGCCUUCUUGGUUUCCAGGCGCGGGCUUCAAGCGUUUCGUCGACGAUGUGCGACGCAGGAAGUUGAGCCGAGCGGCGUUAGAUGAGCCUUGGACGGCGAUGCUGAAGGACAAGAUGGCCGACACCUCCGACAACCGACACUUCUCGGCAGCAGGCAACUUAUUCGAUAAGCACCGGGAUGAGCCGGAUCUUCAAGAGCUUCUCAAAUCAGUUCCGACAACUAUGUAUCUCGGUGGAGCGGACACGACGGUCUCAUCACUUCUGUCCUUCAUCAUGGCGAUGGCUAUGUAUCCCGACGUGCAGAGGAAAGCACACAUGGAGCUCGAUGAGGUUCUUGGUGAUGCUCUGCCUACACUCGCAGAUCGCGAAAGACUACCAUACUUGAAUGCACUCGUGAAGGAGGUGCUCCGGUGGCAUCCUGUUACAGCGCUGGCUGUUCCACAUGCCGCGACGACCGACGACAUCUACGAGGGAAUGUACAUUCCCGCUGGCAGCGUCGUGAUCGGCAAUGUGUGGGCCCUCCUACACGAUCCCGCGCUGUACCCCAACCCCGAAACUUUCAAUCCAGACCAUUUUAUCUCGGCCACAAUGGGUGGGACAUGCCCAGCGGAUGCGUGCAAGGAGGGAGAGCCACCAUUUCCGGAAUUCGCUUUCGGCUUUGGACGUCGUCUGUGUCCCGGGCGCGCUCUAGCGAAGGUGACGGUCUGGUUGACGGUCGCCAGCGUUCUCUCUGCGUUCGAGAUACACCCAGCUAAGGAUGCUGAAGGGAGAGACGUGCCGAUCAUUGAAACUUGGUCUAGUGGAAUGGUAGGGUUUCCUGGUCCAUACGAAUGCAACAUUAGAACGCGAGGAAAGAAAGCCGAGGCAGCAGUGAUGGCUACGAAGGACUUCGACGGUGUCUCUUAG